GAGUUCAAAAAUAUUUUGGAAGUCAAAAUAGUCUCUAUUUGCUUAGACGAGGUCAAUGUCAUGGACACAUUGAGCAGGCUCAGUCAUGAUGCCGACUCAGAAGUAGCAAUGAGAAAUGGUCAAGUCAAGUUGUUGAACUACGGUUUUCGGAGUGUAUGGUUUGUUAAUUUAUAUAAUUCCAUUUGUCAAUUUAAAAUUCGCAGGGCAGCCAUCAUUUCAUUGGGUUCGAUAGGUGCUGGCACCAACAAUGCUAGAAUAGCUGGAAUGCUUCAGAAUCUUUCGAGCUAUUAUUAUAAAAUGCCAGCCUUCUAUACUGUACGGAUUGCUCAAGGUCUUGUCCACCUGGGCAAAGGGUUGUUGACAUUAUCUUCAUAUCAUUCUGAACGAAAGUCGCUUGUUGGGCUUGUGAUUAUGCUGCAUGCGUGUGAUGAGAAGUGGGCCAUUCGAGUGAAGCCGCACAGCGGCACAGGUUGCCACGCCGUGAAAGCCGUUGCGCCACGAGCUCCCCAUUUCGUCAUGCCGCAUCACCUCCUCACGCCGCGAAGACCUGCAACGCCGCGACUAGCCAUUAUUUCUGCACGAUGUCGAGUG